AUGGUCGCGGACCCCGGCGCGCUGGCGGCGACCCUCGCGUCGUCGUCCACGCUCCUCAGCUACGAGUUCCAGGGCUCCUACGCGUCGCUCUACGCGACGCUCUUCCUCUACGUCAUCUCCUUCCCGGGGCUGUGGUCGACGAUCAAGCGCGCGUCCAAGAUCGCGCUCGUGCAGCAGACCUACGAGUUCCCCGGCGAGAAGGCGCCGGUGGACGCCAAGUCCAUGCGCGAGGUCGCCGGCGACGUCAUGGCCUACAUGCAGGCGAACAACUACGAGGUCGCGGAGGCGGGCGAGACGAUCACGUUCAAGGGCAAGAUCGCGCCCGAGGUGUCGCAGGCCGCGUUCCUCGUCUUCUGCACCUUCAUCUGCUUCGCGUCGCUGGCCCUCGUGCUCCAGAUCCAGGUCCCCACCGUCGCCGGCGUCGACGUGGGCUCCUACUGGUUCCUCACGACGCUCCUCUCGCCCUACGCGGGGCUCUACUACUGGAAGUCCGCGAGCGACAACGAGCAGCGCGAGGUCAAGGUCAAGCUCAGCGCCAACGACGACGAGAGCCAGACGCUCAUGGUCGUCCGCGGCGACAAGAAGGACGUCCAGCGCAUGGAGGAGGAGAUGGACCUCCAGCAGGAGGGCAUGAUCCGCGUCCGCGGCGUCUUCGACUACUCCAAGACCGCCUAG